UUCGGAGACGGAAAGCUUUUAUUUAAAUCUUAACAUUCGGUGGCAAGUUAUUCAAACACUUGAAGUCAUAUUGAUUGCAUUAUUUCUAUCAGAGAACAAUGCUUUAAAUAUAAAUAUUCAGGGCAAUAAUGAUGAUCUAAUCAUUAUUGAUGACAAUAACUACGCAUUACUUUUGAAUCAAGGUUCUCGAGAGCAUACAAAGGCUAAGACUAGUCUUAUAAAAGAAUUACUUUUGCUUUCUCUUCACCAUCCAAAUCUUCUCGACAUAGAAAUCCCUACAAAUGCAGGCUUGAAAGAAAAAUUUAUUUUGAAUUUAUGGGCUUCUUUAAUAACCACUUCUUACGGCUUAUUUCGCCGCCCGUUCGCGCUCAUGACAUUUUGGGAUUUUAUUCAUUCCGCAGUUAAUGAUCUUUUUUCUGAAAACCGCUACGAGUUAUACGGGCAACUCUGGACAUUGCUAGUAAAGCUGUGCGAUUAUGGAUUUUCUAACUAUUGUCAACGGGCCACUUCGAACUUUUCCUUUAAAGAUCAUGUGGAAGCUUUCUGGGAAUUCCUGCUUGCUUAUAUGAACUUAAGUUUUGUUAUAAAGGACGGCCCAAUGAUUAUUGAAAGACAACUUCCUUCUCUUACUUCUAUUAUGGAGAAGAGUCAAAUCUCUAAAGAGGCGGUCAUAAAGAAACUCUGGGAGCAUUAUAGAACUUACAAGAAUAAGUAUUAUGAAGAUUGCGAGUUGGAAUUUGAAUCUUUAGAAGAGCAGGGAGCUGUUUAUUUUAAGAAUGCUAACACGAAUGUGCAACGAGAUGAACGCUCUUUUAAAGAAUUUUUGAAAAUACUUGAGCUUCACGUCCAGCUUACAUAUCCUUCACUUUACUGCUUUGUUAGUGAUAUUAGUAAAAACGAGGCCUUGAAAGGCUUUCGCAGUCUAGUAGCGAGGCUUUUUUUAUUUCUCCCAAGUCGUGUAGUUAUAAGCAGAGAGGAGAGCGUAUUAGCAAAGAAAAUGAAAACAGUUCAGUUUCAGCAACACACGACAUUAUUUGGCUUAAAAUACAUGGUAGAACUUGUAUUGUCUGUUUCAAACCUGUCGCCUUCUAGUGAGCUUGAGAAUUUUAGAUUUGAAAAAAGAAUUGAACAAAUGGUUGAUUUCCAAAAAUCUAAUAACCAAACAAAGUCAUUCGUGCUUGCUAGUUUGCUUAAGUUACUUAAAAGCUUAAAGAAUAAUAAUACUUUACCUUCCCCUCAAAAAAACGUCCUUGAAAAACUGUUUGAUCUUGCUGGAGUGCUAUUAGAAAAAAGGCGGGAUACCACUUCGCAAGGUGAAGUUGAUGGCGGGCCGCUUUUGAGUUUAGCUGUCGGUUUAGAUGAAGCUCUUGGUUUCUACCCCCUGCAGAGCUUUGUUCCGCUCUUCAUGCCUUACUUUUGCAAGUUUUUUAAGAAACUUUUGGACUUUAGAUUUAAAUUACCUGAAGAGGUUUUUAUUAAGUUUUGUCAGCUUCUUACAAGAAUUUUAAAGAACUGCCGGUUUAGUGCUAUGCAGCAUUUCAAAAGAAAUACUGAUAGUUAUGAAGACUUUGGAGACGAUCUGUUGGUCCAUGACAGUAUUGGUCCGUUUGGCUCUGCUGAGCAAUCGGGACUGUUUAAACAUGACCAUGUGGACCUUCCUCAACUUUUAGAAGACUAUUUAAAACAUCCAAUACGAGAGCAGUUUAAUAUGCUUUUUAAAAAAACUUUUUUAAAUACGAGCGGCUAUGUCGAAUCCUUUAUAAAUUGUUUUGUGGAGGUUUUCAUAAUAUUGAAAAACCGAGCCAAUGAGAAUUCAGAUCUUUCUUUGGAUGUCCUAUCCAAGCUAGACCAUAAGCAGUGGAUUGAUUUAUUAUAUAAUGACAAUGCGCGUCUGGCCAUUUUGCUUCUUAUUAUUCUCCUCAACGAAGCGAACACUGAAGGUUUACUUUCCCCUCAAAAACAAACAAAUCUUUGGUUUCUCUGCUGCCUGGAACCUAUAGGCAUUCUAGAAUUGCAGCACCGUUUAAGCAAAACUUUGUUGGCAAAAGAUUCCACUUUUUAUGAACUAAAUCCCCAACUUGAAGCUUUUUGCGAAAAGAUAGAAGACUUUGAAAACAAUAUUCCUGCUAUUGUCCAAUCGUUUUCUUACAAUGUUGGCGUGAAAGCGCAUAUGCUUUUAGCAGAAGGAAAGUUGACAAAAGAACAGUGCCGCACUGAAUUUUCCUACUUUAACGGCCUGCAUAUGGCCUCCUUCCGAUGGUCCCAAAGAGAACGAAGUCGCCUUCGCCAUUUUCAGAAUAUUGUUGGGACAGUUUUUAUGCACUGUCCCUUUUUGCUCUACAAGAAGAAUUCAUUGGACUAUCCCUUCCCCCAACUUUUCCAGCAGUCCCAGUUUUCCUCCGCACAGGUGCUUCUGGUUGGCCAAUUGUUGUGCGGGAUCAGCUCAUUGGACUACUACGGCGAUGCUUUUAUUAAAGGACGAAUGGCUUUUUUGCUGGACCAAGUAUUCACGUAUGAGAAGGAGGAUGUCUUAAAAGUCGUGGCUCUCCUAUGCAAAAAUGACGAUCCAUACAAAGAAGAGUCUCUCAGUUUAUUCCGGACUUUUCUAGUCGACCAUCCCAUAAGACAACGGUUACUAAGCCGAUGUGAACACGUGAUUCUUCCUACGUAUGUGCUUUGCUUUUCGUUGCUGCUGUCUCCAAUUCACUUGAAGACACACAACAAUAAAAUAAUGAUCAUUCGGACUUUGGAGUUCCAGAAAAACUUUGAGGCAAUUAUGGCACCAAUCAUUGGCAUUUUAAAAGAUUUUUCGUUUCACAACGGCAGUUAUUGGUCCAUCCGCAUUAAAACCUUUAAGUUUAUGACUGCACUUCUUAUGAAGCUGCUCUCCGCGACUUCGCCACCCAAUGAUCUUUCUGACUUUAAUUCAAAAACUAUACUCUCCAAUACGCAGCUGCUAAACUUCUUUGAGUGUUUGCUAUUCGAGGCUUAUGCAGAUAUAUAUUAUCUAUUACAAACGUGUCUGGAAACAAGCAAGAAUAAUAAUAGUAAUAGUAAUAACAAUAAUAGCAAAACAUUACUGAACUUGCCUUUGAAAAGGGACGCCUUGCAAGCCACGCUCCUUCCCUCUAUUUCGCAUUCUACAUACGCCACAAACUUUUUCUUAACAAAAAAGAGCUGUAAUAAUAAUAACAACAACAUAUGUCAUAAAUUGAAAACCUCUGAGCCUAUUUUUAUAGAAAAAUUUAAACAACUUUUAACAUGUCUUCGAAAGUUCGGGUAUCUUGUUCUUACUCAUUGUAUCACUGAAGAAAAAAAACCAUCUCAUAUGAAAAUAUUACAAGAACUUAAUAAGGAAGUUAUAAAACUACCCGGCGAUUCUGCACUUUUUCUCUCUUGCGAAGAUUUACUAAAAUCCCUACAUAAUUUAUAA